AUGUACAGUUACCCCCCAAAAAUACACUAUCUGGCAACAGCAGUGUCAGCCAAGCACAGGGUAGUCGGGGUUGAAACGGCUGUCACUGCACGAGCGCCUCUGACCAUCACUGUUCGUAAGGAUCUCUGGCUAGCUUGGAGCUUUUUCAUAAUGGCAGACAUCGACUUCAGUGAGCUCUCGGGCAACCUCUCCGAACAUGUGGUUGUCGACGUGAGGAACCGGAAUGAGGUCGAAGACAGCGGCCAGAUCCCCGGCUCCCACUGCAUCCCAUUGCCAGAGUUGGAAACCGCCAUGGAUCUGAGCGACGAGGAUUUCGAGAGCAAGUACGGAUUCAGCAAGCCCUCGACAUCCACGUCCAUCGUGACCCACUGCUUGAAGGGGGGGCGCGCCAGGAGGGCCGGGGAUAUCUUCAAGUCGAAAGGCUACCAGGCCAGCGUCAGGUGUGAAUGUGAGAGCGAAAAUGAGGGCAUAGGUGAAUGUGAAGCUGCUGCGACCCUCGUGACGGAAAAAAUUUCGAUAAUGGCAGACAUCGAAUACACCGAACUUUCUACCAACUUCUCAGACUUGGUUGUGUUCGACGUGAGGAACCGCCAUGAGCUGGAGGAGAAGGGCCAGAUCCUCGGUUCCAACUGCGUCCCGUUUGUAGAGUUGGAGAGCGCAAUGGAAAUGGCUGAAGAUGCAUUUGAGGCUAAAUACGGCCUGAAGAAGCCCACAAAAACCACGCCCAUCAUAACCCACUGUACGAAGGGUGGGCGCGCGAGGAAGGCAGGGGAUCUACUCAAAUCGAUGGGUUACAAUGCAAGGCAGUGGGAACAAGGACAAGGACAAUUAGAAGUUACUUUAUCUUACGUUACUAACCCGGUCGUUACAGUUAUACGAUCAGUUAUACGAUCAUUAAAUUUCUGCUCAACAGGGUUUAUGCUGGUUCCUUUAACGACUGGAAAGCCAACGGCGGCAGUGUACUUAACCCUGGGAAACCUUACGCGCCUCAGAAUUAAGGGGAGAAUGGUCUUUGGUCGUGGACUGUACCUCUUAUUUUGUAAUGCAGAAAUAACCACUUUCAGAACAAACAAGCAGUACCAUCACAGCGGGGAUACGUCCUCCCCGCAUCAUUACACUGGCGGCAGCAAGUGGGAUAAACAUCACCACAUGGUAGACACAUUGGUGCUAUCAGAACCAAAAUCUUAUACUAUGUCGGGCCAGGUACUCAAAAUAAACUUCCCGUGUUGUCGCAACCUGUUGAUCCGAGAAAUCUCCGAAUGCCUGUUAACGCUAAAAUAA